AUGAGAUCAAGCCUAUGUUUCAUUCUCCCAUUAGUUUUUGCACUGUUUCUUAGACCUGCAUUUUCCAUCAAAAAGUCAUAUGUGGUGUACUUGGGUGGCCAUUCACAUGGAAAGCAUCCCUCAUCCGUUGAUCUUGACAGAGUAACACAUUCUCAUCAAGAGCUGCUUGGAUCAUACAUUGGAAGUUUGGACAAUGCGAGAGAUGCAAUUUUCUACUCAUACACCAGACACAUCAAUGGCUUUGCUGCUGUGCUCGAGGAAGAACAGGCUGCUGAGAUUGCCAAGAAUCCCCAGGUGGUAUCGGUGUUCUUGAACAGGGCAAGACAAUUGCACACAACCAGAUCAUGGGACUUUCUUGGACUGGAAAGUGAUGGUGGCAAAAUCCACAAGCAUUCAAUAUGGAAACAGGCCAGGUUUGGAGAAGAUACCAUCAUUGGUAAUCUUGAUAGCGGAGUAUGGCCUGAAUCAAAAAGCUUUAGUGACGAAGGAUUCGGACCAAUUCCCGAAAGAUGGAAAGGAAUUUGCCAGAAUGAGAAUGACAAAAGUUUUCAUUGUAACAGGAAACUCAUAGGAGCAAGGUACUUUAUCGAAGGCUAUUCCGCUGUUGCUGGCCCUCUUAAUUCCAGUUUCUUCACCCCACGGGAUGUUAAUGGCCAUGGCUCCCACACCUUAUCAACAGCCGGUGGCAAUUUCGUCCACGGGGCGAAUGUUUUCGGGUUUGGCAAUGGAACAGCAAAGGGUGGGUCUCCCAAGGCCCGGGUAGCCGCUUAUAAGGUUUGCUGGCCUCCCGUCGCCCCAGACCAAGAAUGCUUCGAUGCAGACAUCCUGGCUGGUUUCGAUCGAGCAAUCGAGGAUGGUGUUGAUGUGCUAUCUGUAUCCCUGGGAGGAGACCCUCUGCCAUAUUUUCAAGACGGUAUAGCCAUUGGGUCCUUUCAUGCUGUAAAGAAUGGCAUAGUUGUGGUUGCCUCGGCUGGUAAUUCUGGACCUGCCCCUGGCUCUGUCACUAAUGUUGCACCCUGGGUGAUCACUGUUGGGGCAAACACCAUGGACCGACAGUUUCAGCGUAAUGUAGUCUUAGGAAACAAAAAACACUACACAGGCGAAAGUGUUGCGCCGCAAGAGCUUGAAACCGGGAAGUUCUAUCCACUUCUUUCUGCUGAAUCUGCUAGGAUUGAGAACACAACCAGUUCUAGCCAAGAUGCUCUGCUUUGUAAGCGUGGAACUCUGGACCCGAAAAAGGUGAAGGGAAAAAUUUUGGUUUGCCUGCGAGGAGAUAAUGACAGAAUUGAGAAGAGCCACGAAGCUGCUUUGGCGGGUGCUGUGGGAAUGAUUCUUGCAAACGAUGAGGAUUCUGGGAAUGAGAUUAUUGCUGAUGCACACUUUCUCCCAGCUACACAUGUCACCUACUCAGCUGGACUUGCAAUCUUUGAUUACAUCAAUAAAACCAAGGAUCCGAUGGCUCACAUUACUCAUGCGAAUACACUGUUGGGCGUGAAGCCAGCUCCAGUUAUAGCAGCUUUCUCAUCAUUAGGCCCUAACACUAUCAAUCCAGAAAUUCUCAAGCCUGAUAUAUCUUCCCCUGGAGUGAAUGUGAUAGCUGCCUUCAGUGAAGCCACAGGGCCAUCUGGUAUGCAUUACGAUAAGAGGAUUGUUUCAUUCAACUCGGAAUCAGGGACUUCAAUGUCAUGCCCUCUUGUAGCUGGCGUUGUUGGCCUUCUCAAAACGCUCUAUCCUUCAUGGAGCCCUGCAGCAAUCAGAUCUGCUAUUAUGACCACCGCAAGAGUAAGAGCCAACUCAGGGAAGGGGAUUACAGAUGCAAGCAGAGUGAGAGCAACCCCAUUUGCAUAUGGAGCUGGACACAUAAGGCCAACCCGCGCUGCAGAUCCCGGCUUGGUCUAUGACAUGAACCUCACCGACUAUGCGAAUUUCCUUUGCGCCCAAGGCUACAACGACACUCAUAUCAAGACGUUUUUAGGGACAACGCCAUAUAAGUGCCCUGACCACAUUAGUCUCUCCUCCUUGAACUAUCCCUCAAUCGCUAUCCCUCUACUCAACGACACAGCCACUGUGACUAGAACUGUGAAAAACGUUGGCUCUCCAGCUACCUACACAGCUUCUGUUCGUAUCCCGGUUGGAUUCUCUGUCACUGUGGACCCCAAUAUUCUCGAGUUUAAUAAGGUUGGCGAGGAGAAAACUUUCCAGGUUACUCUCAAGGCAACGGGGAAAACCGCUACCACUGAUUAUGCAUUUGGGGUGUUAACAUGGUCAGAUAAGAAGCAUCAUGUGAGAAGUCCCAUUGUUGUAAAAACAGCAUAG